GAAAGAGAGAGAGGGGGGAGUGCACAUCUGCAUGAGUGAGAAAGAGAGAGAAAGAGAGAGCAUCUCUCAUCAGAGUCUGCUGGAGUCUGGGUCUGAGUACUGCAGGUAUCUGGAUCCAGCCGAACAGGAGAAGAAAGGCAGAAGCGAGAGCACAGAGCCACACACACACAGCAGCAGCAGCAGCAGUGGAGUCGUCCACCGCCGCUCUGCAGCCUUCACGGUUAAGAGGCCAUUAGGACAACAACACCCUGAGGAGAAGAGAAGAAAGGAGAGGAGAGAGAGAGGGGUCGAGAAAAAAAGGGUGAAGAGGAGAGCAGAGGGAGAAGAGCAAACACUUGCCGUCUCCGUGGACACAGAGAACUUUCAUGGAGUAGUGCUCAGAGAACCAUGCGGCACUGGCGCUCUUCACCUUUUGCCUCAGUAAUUCAUCUCACCUCGAACCCGUCUGCGCAAACCAACUUUUCCUUUUAGAAGUUUGAGGUCAUUUCUGGGAACAUUGUUUUGCUGUGUGGAAUAGAGAGGCUGUCAGCUUGGCCAGUUUGAAGAAGGAAAAGAGGCAAUACGGACUUAGAGCUCUGCACAAGUGUGUGAGUGUGUGUGUGUGUGUGUGUGUGUGUGUGUGUGUGUGUGUGUGUGUGCUGAGAGAGAGUGUGUGCCCAUGUUUGUUUAUGAGCUUGCAUGAAUGAAAUAUGUGAGUAUGUACUCAUGAGUAUGAUCAAGUACGGUCAAGUAAUUAAAGUAAACCCAGGUCAAAGGGAAGUCGUUUCACAGCCUUCAGAAAAUGAUCAAUUUUCUCUGAAGAACAUGUCACCCUUUUUACCAAGACGUUAUAUCCCUCCUACACCAGAACUGUUCUUUUCUCUCCUUUUCUGCGGCAGAAGUCAUCAAUAAUCGCUCAGAUUUCAGAACUAAUUUAAACUCUAACAGUAUCUCUCUGAAGGGACAACACUUGCAACAAGAAUCUGCAUCUUGUUUACACCUGCGUUACCUGUUAAAAAGGGUUUUGACACACUGUCCCUCAGUCAGGAUGGCAGGCUGUACCAGCCGCUGUCGACAGGGGGUGCUCAAGUUCAUGCAGUCUCUUCGGAGACUCGUCUUUGGGACGCUCAGCAAAGACAAGAUUGACGAUGACCUGGAGAUGACCACGCCGUGCCACCGGCCAGAGGGGCUGGAGCAGCUGGAGUCCCAGACCAACUUUACCAAACGGGAGCUGCAGGUCCUCUACCGAGGCUUCAAAAACGAGUGUCCCAGUGGAGUUGUGAACGAGGAGACGUUUAAACACAUCUAUGCACAGUUCUUUCCACAUGGAGACGCCAGCACAUACGCCCAUUACCUUUUUAAUGCAUUCGACACAACAAAGAAUGGAUCCAUAAAGUUUGAGGAUUUUGUGAUGGGACUGUCCCUCCUGCUGCGUGGAUCGACAAGGGAGAAACUUGAAUGGACAUUUAAUUUAUAUGACAUCAAUAAGGACGGUUACAUUAGCAGAGAGGAGAUGACAGAGAUUGUGAGAGCAAUUUAUGAUAUGAUGGGGAAGUAUACUUACCCUGCAAUGAAAGGUGAUGAUCCCAAACAACACGUGGAUGCUUUCUUUCAGAAAAUGGACAAAAAUAAAGACGGGGUUGUAACUCUAGAGGAGUUUGUCCUCGCAUGUCAAGAGGAUGAAACCAUGAUGAGGUCGAUGCAGCUCUUUGAGAAUGUAAUCUAGAGGCAGGCGGAGGGGACAAAGAUGGAAAGCAACUGGACAUCGAACUGACAGAAGCAAAGAAGUGCCCACAGAGAAUAUAUUUUUCUGCGUUUCUGUGUGUGUGUGUGAGAGAGAGAGAGAGAGAGAGAGAGAGAGAGAGAGAGAGAGAGAGAAAGAGAAAGAGAGAAAUGGGGGGUUGCUAUUUUCUGUCAAUUCAUCAUAUAAAUUAAUUUACAUGUCUAGCCUCUUCCAGAUGAAAUGAAUACAUUUGCAAUUCUUUAGGUUAUUUUAUGGAGGAUACAUGGUCCUUGUAGAACUCUUAUGACCCCUCUGUCUCAUAUUUACUGAGUCAUAUUUCUCCAGAAUGGCCUGGAAUUCCUUCCACUUGGUUGAGCUUAGAGAGAGCUCCAGAAUUGUUUGGAUAAUAGUUCAGCUUGAUUGACUCAUGUCUUUGUGGAAACUGUUGCCUCCUCUUGGACAGAUACUGCAACGGCAACUCAUAAGCUCUCCCUGCUGGUGAAAAAACCGAACUGCAGUGGAAAAUAUAUUGGCCUUUGGCUCACUCCCGAAACCGCAUGUUUUUAAGUGAAAAAGCGUCCUUUGAGUUGUCUGAUGGUGACUUUGGUCUAACGACCUUUAAAUUAUGUGAAAUAUUUAUUUAAUAUUUUAUUUAUGUAUGUAAUAUACUGUGUGCAUAUUCCAUUUGGUCUCAUCCUGACAGUGUAUUUAGUUUGUUGGUUGUCCAAAUUGUGUAUUCUAUGUUCAGGGCAUGUAUUAAGUGUCAUGGUAUUAUUGUUGUUGUGUGUUGUUGUGUCCUGCUGUUUGACUGUCUGCCGGUUUUUCUGUCUGCCGGUUUUUCUGUCUGUCCAUUUGUCAUUGUCCUAUGCCUCAUCUGAAGCUAAGUGACUCAUAUCUUUAGACAGAUCUGACAGAUUAGACUCUUUGAAGCAUUCAUUUUCUAAAUGGAUUGCUAGCACAGUGCAUGAAGAAAGAAAGGGAAAUAAUUGGUCUGAAAAGUACCCCCUGAAAAUCUGAUAUACAGGUUUCUAGCAGAGGGGCAAGAGAGCUACAGACUUUUUGAGAGAGAGAGAGAGAGAGAGAGAGAGAGAGAGAGAAUUUAAUGUUAUGAAACUGUGAGAUGAGAGGCAUAAUACACACAUUGUAGAAAAGUGAUCUUAACCAUCUUAUUUGACCACCCCUCUCCAUAUGUGUAAACAUGCCACCUUUCCACUAUGUCCAUCUGUGGUAAGGGGAAACAGAACAGAGACACAUUUUAGUGACCCAAACAGAUCACUGUAACUAAAAGCAAUUCCUGACUUGCACUCUUUACACUCAUAUUCAUCGCAGGUGUCAGAAUUGUGUAUCAGUGUGUGUGUAUCACUGUGUACAUACAGGUUUUUCUGUAUUAUUCCGUUUGGACAGAUUAAGAAUAAAGAUUUAAUUUACAGAUCUAACACAAUACAUGGAGAUGUCCUUUUGUUGUGCUGGACGAUACUCAGUGAACAUUCUGUAUUUUGCAAUCUGACAUUGUAAAACACAUGAAAUAUUUCUCUGUACAGACAGCGUGUGAUGUAGUGACUUUAAAGCAGAUAAACAAAGGCUGUGUAACAGCUUCUCUGGUGACGUGCUGUACAGAGCUAUGAUUGAUAUCGAAGAAUAAACCUUUCAAGAGAAAACAGAAA